AUGGAGCAGCAACACCAAGAGCUAGCAUCGCGACUUUCGUCGGCAGGCCGUGUGUGCUUCCCGGGGUCGGCCGAGUUUGACAAGGCCAAUUUGAGAUUCACGGACUAUGAGCGUCCGACGUACAGUGUUGUGGUCGUUCCCGGCUGCGAGGCAGACAUUGCAGAAGCCGUCAAGUAUGCAGCCAAAAACAAGAUUCCUCUGGCGCCGCGAGCCGGCCACCACUGCGUUACAUCAACGAUGCGUCACCUUCAAGAUGGCAUGUUAAUCGACCUCCGAUCUCUGAACCAGAUGAGCUUUGACGAGGAGGCCAGGACGGUGACAGCCGCUGGUGGCGUGCUAACGGACGACUUUGUCAAGUUUCUGCACAAGCAUCAGAUGGAAGUUAACGUGGGCUCCUGCCCAACCACGGGCAUAAUGGGGGUGGCGCUUGGCGCCGGCCUGGGCCGUCUGCAGGGAAAAUACGGCUUCCUGCACGACAACAUGAUAUCGGUCCGCAUGGUCCUGGCGGACGGCUCAACCGUCACGGCCUCGGAGGAGCUCAAUGCGGACCUGUUUUGGGCGAUCCGCGGCGCCGGGCACAACUUUGGCAUCGCGGUCGAGGCGACGUUCCGCGUGCACCCGCAGGCGAACCGCGGGGUGCACUACACGUGGGAUCUGGAGUACGAGCUGGAGCAGUGCGACGCCGUCUUUGGGCUGCUCAACGAGGUGACGGAUGCCAUGCCGGCCGACCUGGCUAUUUUUGUGCUGUGGAUGAGGCAGAGCACCCCCGAGAAGCAGCACACCAUACUCGUCAACCUGGUGUGGUCCGGAGCAGAAGCCCUCGCGGACCCCUGGGUUGCCAGAUUCGAGGCCAUCGACCCCGCCAUCCACUCUGGCAAGACCACCACGACCUGGGACGAGCUCCCCUGGAAGACGUACAAGGGCUACAAUCGCUUCCUCAGCAUGCCCGAGGUGUGGAGCGCGGCUCCCUACAAGAUGAUGAGCGCGGCCUGCGUGCGGCGGUUCGACCUGGCCACCACUCGCGACUUCUUCCAGUCGGUCAAGGACAUGAACCUCCAGUGGGCGGGCAGGGGGACGUUUGGGGCCAUGUUUGAAUGUCUGCCGCACCACAUGGUGAGGGAGAUUGCCGACGACGCGACUGCGUUUCCGUGGCGGCAGUCUUCGGAUCAUUUCUUAAUGAUGAUGGCAACCCCCUUCAAGCUCGAGGAUCGUCAGGCCUUUGAAGCGCACCUGGACACGUGGAAAAGGCGGUUUGUGGAGACGUCUGGAUACGGAGAGCUUCACCAGUACGUCAACUACGGAAACACCACGUCCACCAUGCGGGACCCGCCCGGGGCGCUGUACGGGUACGAGUCGUGGAGGCUAGAGAAGCUGCGGGGGCUCAAGCGGCGGUACGACCCUGGUAAUUUUUUCAGGUGGUACCAGCCCAUAAUUGACGGGGACGAGGUGGAGGGUAGGUAG